CGCAACAGCAGCUUUGUUACAGGGUAGAGCGUGUUAGUUUGUACUCAGCUGUUAAAGAGUACGGAGUGCCUCUUGUCAUGAAAUUUGAAAGCUACGGUUUUAAUAUAUAAGGGACAUAAAAUCUUAAUACCGCCAGCUUUGGAUUAAAAGGGGGAAGCAGGAUCUUCCGUUGUACAGUAUUGACAGGAUUUGAAUUUUCUGUUGGGUGCUGUCUUCCUCGUUGCAUUAACUAGAAUCCUCAAGACUGGAUCGACUGCAUCCUUUAUGAUAAAGGGUGAUCAAGGAAAGGGAUUCUGCUGAAGCGUCUGAAGAAAAAUACCCGCCGAACAAGCUCUGCAACAGCACAGUCGGUUUGGAAGAAACCAAAAUGGGAUUUUAGUAUUUCGCAGUGUGGAGAACUGGGACGCAGUCUGCCCUGUUUUGCUCUUUGAAACGGGAGCUGUAUGGCAGAGCGCUGGACUGUCUCUACUGCGACCAUAUAAGCAGUGGUAUGGUCUUCUCAUGAGGACGUUGCAAGGGAACACUUCAUUGAAUGAGGACACGUUUUACAUUCAGCUGUAUUUAUAAUAUUCAGUUCAUUGUUCUGAACAUCUGAAAACCAGAUCCAUUUCCGAAUCUUCACUGAGCUCAAAUGCAUUUAAUUGAAAACUUAUGAUUUUUAAGUGAGGUGCUAUAUACAGUUAAGGCAUAAAUAUAAUACCCGAAUACUUUUUAAAAAUGGGAAACAGUUUUUCCAAUAUAUCCGCUUUUCAGUCCCUUCAUAUAGUUAUGCUUGGUCUGGACUCCGCUGGAAAAACAACCGUUUUGUACCGACUUAAAUUCAACGAGUUUGUCAACACCGUGCCCACCAUUGGAUUCAAUACGGAGAAGAUUAAACUAAGCAACGGGACGGCCAAAGGUAUUAGUUGCCACUUCUGGGAUGUUGGGGGGCAGGAAAAGCUGCGGCCUCUUUGGAAAUCCUACAGUCGGUGUACGGAUGGCAUUAUUUAUGUUGUGGACUCUGUGGACGUGGACAGGUUAGAGGAAGCCAAAACAGAACUUCACAAAGUCACCAAGUUCGCGGAGAACCAAGGAACGCCGCUUUUGGUGAUUGCCAACAAGCAGGACCUGCCGAAGUCUCUUCCAGUAGCUGAUAUUGAAAAACAGCUAGCACUUCAUGAGCUAACCCCGGCGACCACAUACCAUAUCCAACCAGCUUGUGCCAUUAUUGGAGAAGGACUGCACGAGGGAAUGGACAAAUUGUAUGAAAUGAUUGUGAAAAGGAGAAAAUCCUUGAAGCAGAAAAAGAAGCGAUAACGAUUUCCCUGUCGCUGUUCUCAAGAAGCUAACGAACUAUAUAUAUAUACUUUUCGGGUAAUAUCUUAACGUACCCAAAUUGAAAUGUUUACUUUGCAGCGAUUUUUUUUCGUUAACGACAAAAUUACUGCUUUUAAGACUCCGUGGCAGUAUGGUUAAUUGCACGCAAGGUGUUUAGAGGGUGCUGUGUGUCAUCGACGUUUAACCAAAAAUGCAUUAUUACUAUUGAACGGGCUGGCCCUGUUUGAUGUUUGCUGCUUCUUACUGGAUUCUAAAUGUAGCCUGACAAUUUAUAUUUAGGAGUUAAUUAAAGCACUGUGACAGUGUCGGGACAUUCCUGAUAAUACUAUUCUUCACUGAAUCUAAAUGGAUGGCUUGUUUUAAAAGUUUUUUUUUUACUUGCACGUGACGUGGAUGUAAAUUAUACCUGAAGUCGACCUAAAAUCAUGGCCCACUUUUCCGAUUUCAUAAAUGUAAUCAAAUGGUAGAGUCUAUAGUUAUUUGGCGCCUGGUCUAGGUCCAAAUCUGAAGUCAAAAGCGCACCAUGGUCUCUGCAAUGACAUUGUCUUGCCACUGGACCAUAGUGGGGUUACAUUGUACCUGUCUGCUUUGUUAAAAAACACUGUUGUGUUUUUCAGUGUUGCCUGCAGCAUUGUCCAGAAUUGUAGCAAACACCUCUUUGCACUUUUUUAAUGAAAUAGUUUAGUACUACACUGUAAAAUAAGUGAGACUGUUUAUGUAUAGAGAAAAAAAACCGAAAUAAUUUAGCAGUAUUUUUAAAUUAAAAUCUUUAAAAGCAACCUGCUUGUAGUACCUUGUAUUCAUCUUAUAAAAUAAUCUAAAAAUUUUAAGGAUGGUUUAAAAACAUGAUGUGUGAAAACUAAUACAUUGACAUUUUUUUUUCUUAUCAGAAGUGACAUCAUUACACUUUUUAACUCUAGACAUGGACAUGUGUCACAAGGAAUCACUUGACUAUUGUUAGGAAUUGCUUUUGAGUUUCAAGAGAAGCACAGGUCACAAACAAGAGGGGACCUUCUAGGCCAUUUGCCUUGUUUGGUUGCCAGUUAUUAGUUGAUCUGGGAGUCUCAUGCCGCCAUUUUCUCAAAGAAGCUGGGGUGUCUGCUUCAAUUGUGUGGCUGGGUAGCUUGUUUACAGCUGUGUUAAGAAAUGAAACCUAUUCUUAGCUUUAAUUACACUUUCCCUUAGUUUCAAUUUGUGUCUUCUGGUUCACUUACCUACUGCUGACUAUGAAAAAGCCCAUCAGGUUGACUGUUGUUGCCUUUGAGGAUUUUAGAUACUUGAAACACAUCCCCAGGUAGUCAUAACUGUUUGAUGUUUGUUGGUUUUUGACAUACCUUUAAAAAUCUGGUCAGUCUUCUAUGGACUGAUUCCAGAGCUACUCUUUUUUUUUUUACAACAGGGGCCAAUAUCUUAUGAAAUUACUGAGUUUUUAAGCAUCAGUAGUUAUCGUCUGAAAUGGUAACCUCUUCUAAAAACUGACAUUAAACAUCAGAUAAUUUGGUUAGAAUUGGGUAGAAAUAGGUAUUAUGGUUAUACCACGGUGCUUCGGUAUUGUAAGGCGUAAGAUUCUGAGUAUUACUGAACAAAAUUGCCAGAUGUUCCCCCGUGAAGAAAAUUUCUCAGGAAAUAGUGCUUAUUCCAUGUGUUCUGCUAACUUUAAGUGUGUUUUAGAGUGUGCCACAAUUACACUCAAUAACAAAGUCUGCCAACAAUACGUUACAAAAAAUAUAUUGUUUUAUUGUUGGAUAUGUACCUUACAUGAACUUGACAAACCUCUUCUGAUUAUUUAAGUUUGUUGUAUGCAGAUCCCAUACAGGUUGUAUGUUUAUAUGCUUUUGACCCUUUACUAGGCUGGUCUAUAGUGGUAUACUAAAAUUUGUCAAAUGACCAUGAGUCCUAGUAAUUUCUAGUUAAAAUACAGAAAAGUGGGUCUUAUUUUCCAUAAUAUGGAUGUCCCCUCCAUGCCUGAUGCAGAUUGUAAUUAGAAUAAAACAGUUCCUAAGUAAAAGAGCUACACUUUUAAGAUGAAAGAAUAAUUCAGUUUGGUACCUUGAAAAUGUCAGCAACCCAUGAAAUGCAUUUGGGUUCAUACCAGUGUUAAUUGGGAUGUUAAUUUGCCAUACCUGCAAUAGACUAUUUUUCUGAAUUGUUACUUUUUAAAAAUUGAAACACUGAACGUUUGUAUAGACUGUUUCUCAAACUCGAAUAGAUAUUCUACUAUGUAACACUCUGCACAUAUCUCAUGGUUUGCACAAAAACAACUGUGAAUAUUUUUAUUUGUAAUAAAGAUAUCUCCAAGUUGUCAUUAUAAUUCCUCUGCAAAAAACA